UGACACCUUCCCUCUCACACCCCGCACCCCGGGCGAGAGCCACAGCGGAGAAGCUCCAAUCCAUGGUGGCAUCCAUCUUCUUCUUCCCGACCCAUCCCUAGCUACAUCUCCUCCACCUCCGAUCGCACUCCCAUGGCGACCGAGAAGGAGAUCGCCCUCCUCUCCCGCGUCGCCGCGAACCACCUCUUCCUCGGCCAGUUCGAGGCCCUCAGAGCUUCGCUCCUCAGCCUCCGGAAGCGGAGCCCCGAGCUUGCUCUCGCUAUCCUACGCACUAUCGUGCACGAAGGAGGCGGCAUCAAUGGCGUCCUCUUCUCGAGCACCUGCAACUCCCCCUCCCACCUCGCGUGGCUAUCCGCGCUAGAGCUCCCCCGCUUCGAUUCUGGUUCCCCGAUCGGGAGCUCAGAUCACAAGAUUCUUCGACUGAAGGUGGAGUUCCUUCUCUUGAUCCAGGUCGUCGUAUCUAGAGUCUCGGAAUUACUGAAGCGCCGGACUGGGGACGGGGACCUUGAUGAUAAAGGGGAAAUCGCUGGUGUUGACGAGAACUGUGUGAAGAUAUUGAAUAGGAUAUUAGAUUUAGGUGCCAGGAGAUUGAAGAGGGAUAUAGAACAGGAUUCUGGGCUUUUUGAUGAGGUUUCUCCUGUAUCCGAAGAUGACCUGAAGCCUUUAUGGAAGAUUUUCCUAGAAUAUGCAGAUAUUUUUGAUGCCUUGUGUGGUAACAUACACAAGCAGAUCCAAUUGUCUGAACCUCUAGUCUCAGAGCUGGCGGUCGGCACGAAGAGUGGAGAGGAGGGAUCGAGUUCUUCUCAGAAGGACACGGAUGUCCUCGCUGCGAUACAGAGGAAUGUUCAAUUGUCGCAUCUGGAUGCCCUGAGUCAGUGUGUGAAGGCUGAUGACUUUGAGGGUGCCUUUUCUCAUCUUCGGUUUCUUCAUCUCGAUUAUGGUGUAGAGGAAACAGAGUAUCGGUUUUCCCUAAGAGAACUCAUCAUUAAGGUUUGGCGGCAAAAUUCUUAUUAUGGAGAAACACAGCUUACUUCUUGUAAUAGAAUGGUAUCUAUGUAUGUGGAAAUGCUUUCAUCAAGUUGCAUCCGGCUUGUACAGAUGAUUCAGCUUCUUCAGGAUGAAGUACUCUCUGAGGAAAUUGAACAACACAGAAUUUCUGAUGCUAGCUUGAUCCCUCUUCCCCUUAAGAAGUUUUUGCAAACAUUAGCCGGGGAGAAGGUCGCCAAUGCAGAUGGCAAUAUAUCUACUGUGGCUAUCAGAUCUUUCAUGAGAGACUUGUACCAUUAUGCACGAAAUUCUAAGACACAUGUCCUCAAACUUAUUGUUGAUACCAGCCUGUCUGCUAUUUCACGGGAACAACUUGAAGAAGCCAAUGAUAUUGUUUCUCUAUUUCCCCUUCUUCAACCUUUGGUAGCCGUUUUAGGAUGGGACCUAUUAUCUGGUAAGACGGCACUGAGGAGAAAACUAAUGUGGCUAUUCUGGACAAGCAAAUCACAGGCACUGCAAUCGGAAGAAUAUUCUCAUCAUGGGAAGCAAACUGAAGAGACAUCAUGUGUGGAGUAUCUAUGCGAUCUUUUAUGCUUUCACCUUGAUCUUGCUCGCUAUGUUGCUAUUGUGAAUUCUGGCCAAUCUUGGGAUUCAAAAAAUCUGUUGUGUUUAUCUCAUAAGGAGCAAGUCAUAGAUGAUAGUGAUGCCGCGCUUUACGAUCCUUUUGUAGAGAACUUGAUACUCAACAGUCUAGCCGUUCAAACACCUAUGAGGGUCUUGUUUGAUGUAGUCCCAGGGAUAAAAUUCCAAGAUGCAUUUGAUCUUAUUAGUAUGCAGCCGUUUCCCUCGAAAUCAUCAGCCUGGAAGAGGGUGCAAGAUAUUGAACUUAUGCACAUGCGUUUUGCUCUCGAGUUCACUGUCUUUGCUAUAGGAGCCAUGGAACUCUGUCCUGGUGAUAAGAAUGAUUACCAAUUUGCCACAGCUGUAUUUUUUUUGAGAGAGAUGCAAAAUCAUUUGGAAGCUAUCAGCAAUGUGUCUCGCAAGAUCUUCAUGGUUAGCAUUAUAUCGUCACUCCUACAUAUGGAUAAUGUGUCUAUUAAUUUGACACAAGCUGCCUCAUGUGGAGUUUAUCCUGUUCCUCAUGAACGACUUGAUCGGGAUAUUACAACUGAAGGAAGAAAUAACAUGGCGGUUUCUUUUGUUGGGCUGCUACUUGAAAUACUGCGUCGGAAUCUCCCACUUCCAUCCGCUAUCUCUGAAAUAGAGCGCAGUUCAAAUACUGUUCUCCCAACUGCAGGAAGGAAGGCCUUGGAAUGGAGACUCUCAAAUGCCAAACAUUUUCUUGAAGAUUGGGAAUGGCGACUUUCUGUUUUGCAAUGCCUUCGACCCGUAUCUGGACUGCGAUGGGGUUGGAAGGAGGCAUUGGUUUUUUUACGUGCCACUCCCUCUAAAUUAUUGAACCUUUGCAUGCAAAGGGCUAAGUAUGAUAUAGCGGAAGAAGCUGUGCAACGAUUUUCCUUGCCUCCCGAGGAUAAAGUAGCUCUUCAAAUGGCAGAAUGGGUUGAGGAUACUCUUUCUCAUGUUGCAGAGGGCACUCCAAAUGCUGUGAGAAAGUUAGAUAUUUUGUCCUUUCGUACUCAGCUUGGACCUUUAGCUACUAUACUUCUCUGCAUUGAUGUCGCAGCAAGUUCUGCUAGAUCUCGAGAUAUGUGCAAAUUGCUUCUUGAUCAGGCUAGGAGUAUGCUUUCUGAGAUAUUCCCAGGAAGAUCUCCGAAGAUAGGUUCUGCUUACUGGGAUCAAAUUCAAGAAGUUGCUAUUAUAUCUGUAACAAAGCGGAUCCUUCAACGUCUGCAUGAUCUCUUGGAACAGGAAACAUCCCUGACCCUUCGAGAAACCUUUGCUGGAGAAAUGGCAGUUUCCACACCGAAUGAAUCUAGUAGGAUAGGACAAAGGCAACGCGCUCUUGUAAUUUUACACCAGAUGAUUGAUGAUGCUUUUAAAGGAAAGCGACAAUUCUUAAGCGGCAAGCUUCACAAUCUUGCAAGGGUUGUCACUGAUGAAGAUGCUGAAACUAACUAUCCAAAAGGGGAAGGCUUUGAUUAUGACAAGAAAGGCCUUUUCAGUUCCGAGAAUGGUGUCAUAGUUGGACUUGGACUUAGAGUUCUUAAACAAGUGACUAAACCAGCACUGAAAACAAGUCCAUCUGUGGCUGAAAGUAGUUCAGAGAUUAAAGAUUCUGCGAAAAGGCUUUUUGGCCCCAUUACUACUAAGCCAUCCGCAUAUCUCUCAAAUUUCAUCAUAUACGUGGCGACAAUUGGUGACAUAGUCGACGGAAUUGAUACAACUCAUGAUUUCAACUUUUUCUCACUAGUAUAUGAGUGGCCAAAAGAUCUUCUGACCCGUCUAAUGUUUGAGCGAGGAAGCAUUGAUGCAGCUGGAAAGGUAGCUGACGUGAUGGGUGUGGAUUUCGUGCAUCAAGUUAUAUCAGCUUGUGUUCCACCAGUUUUCCCUUCAAGAUCCACUCAUGGAUGGGCUUGCAUUCCAUUUGUACCUAUGGACUCGGGAAGUAAAUUAGACUUGACAAAAACCGAUACAUACGGUGCGGCAUCAGCAGCUCCACAAAAACCUCUCUACCCUCUUCAGCCGAAUGUAGUGAAUAAUUUGGCUAAAUUCUCACCCGUGAGAGCAAUUUUGGCUUGUACCUUUGGCAGUAGGAUGUUGUUAAGUGACAGUGAAUUGGCUGUUCCCGGUCAUUUGAAAGAUGCAUUGGGUCAAGCACCUGAUACUGAGCGAUUAUUUUCUGAAUUUGUUCUUGAGCAGUCAGAGAGGUUUCCAACCUUGAUUCGGUGGAUACAGAUGCAAUCUAAUCUGCACAGAGUGUCAGAAUCUGCGGUGACUGCUAAAAGCAAUAAUGAGGCUGCUCCUGCUGAAUCAAAAGAGAAAGUUCACCUCAAACGAAUUCAUGAUUCUGAAAGUGAUACUGAAUCUAACGAUGAUGGUGAAGUUAUCGGCAGCCAUUUUACUUCAACUUCCCAAAGUCAUACAGUUUCUGAUUCCCAACUAGAAUCCCCAGCACCCUGUGAUAAUGUCAAACAUGAUCUAGAUGUUUACAUUUCGUUCGACUCUGAAAAUGAAGGCUCACUAAAAAACAGGGUUGAAAGGUUUAUUCAGGAAGGGAAACUGAUGGAUGCUCUUGCUCUAUCUGAUCGCUUUUUACGCAAUGGAGCAUCUGAUCGCUUACUUCAUUUACUUAUUGAACGCGAGGAGGAGAACAAUCCAGUCUUAGGUGGAUAUGGGUCCCGUAAAUUUGGCAGUACUACUUGGCAGUAUUGUUUGCGGUUGACAGAUAAACAACUUGCAGCCCGUGUUGCUCUUAAGUAUCUUCAUAGGUGGGAUCUGCAUGCUGCAAUUGAUGUUCUCACUAUGUGCAGUUGCCACUUACCUGAAAGUGAUCUUCGCAAUGAGGUUUUGCAAAGGAGGCAAGCUUUGCAGAAAUAUAGUCAUAUUUUGAGUGCUGAUGACCAUUAUAGCAGUUGGCAGGAGGUUGAAGCUGAAUGUAAGAGAGACUCAGAAGGCCUGGCACUUAGACUUGCUGCUAAAGGGGCUGUUUCUGCUGCUUUGGAAGUCGCUGAAAGUCCUUCUACAUCUAUUGAUUUGCGGAGAGAAUUGCAGGGCAGACAACUCGUAAAAUUGCUCACUACUGAUCCUCUUAGUGGCGGGGGUCCAGCAGAAGCAUCACGAUUUCUUUCUUCAUUACGUGAUUCCAAUGAGGCCCUUCCUGUUGCUAUGGGGGCUAUGCAGCUUCUACCUGACUUGCGCUCAAAGCAGCUUCUUGUGCACUUUUUUCUGAAGCGGACAGUCGGAAACCUUUCGGAUACUGAUAUUGCACGGCUUAACUCAUGGGCUCUGGGCCUUCGUGUUUUGGCAUUGUUACCACUGCCGUCACAACAACGGUGUUCUGCUCUACAUGAACAUCCGCAAUUGAUUCUUGAAGUCCUACUGAUGAUGAAGCAGCUAGAAGAUGCUGCUUUGAUUCUAAAAGAAGUUCCAUCCUUGAGGAACGAUAAUCUAAUACGAUCGUAUGCUGAGAAAGCAAUCGCCAUCAAUGUGGAUUCUGCUCCUAGGGUACAGCGUAUAUCAAUAUCUGGUUCAGGAUCAAAACAGAAGGGUAGAGCCGGUACAUCGACAUCUCGAUCAAACUUUGCACAGAGCAAGGGUAACUUGCUGAGAGAGGCGCGCAGGUCUGUUUCGUGGGCAUCUCGUGAUACAGGUAACAAGUCUGCUGCCAAGGAUGUUUAUCGGAAAAGAAAGAGUUCAGGAAUUGCACCAACUGAGAGAGUUCCAUCAGAAGCAUUGGGUGGCAUCCCUGAUGAGCGUGCUUCUUCUUACAGUUUUGAUGGGCAAGAACGACAUCCUUUCGUUCCCGUAACUGAGGAAUGGGUGUUGACUGGAGACCACAAUACAGAUGAAAAAAUUCGCUCAUCUCACAAGUACAAAACUUCUCCUGAUAUUACAUUAUUCAAGGCUCUGCUUUCACUAUGUUCUGAUGAGGCUGUAUCUGCUAAGGGUGCUCUGGAGCUGUGCGUCUCUCAGAUGAAGAUUGUAUUGAGCUCUCAACACUUGCCCCCUAAUGCAUCUAUGGAAACUGCAUCUCGAGCCUAUCAUGCAACAGAAACUUACGUGCAGGCAUUGGCUUAUGCAAAAAGCCAGCUUAGAAAAUUUUCUGGUAGUAGUGACUUGUCAAGCAAUUCGGAAAGAAGUAGAGAUGCGGAUGAUGCAUCUGCGGAUAGUGCUAGUUCCAGCACAGGUAGUCAGUGUCUGGAUGAGCUUUCUGAACUGCUGGCACAGGCAGAUAUUUGGCUAGGGCGUGCAGAGCUUCUUCAAAGUCUACUAGGGUCAGGAAUUGUUGCUUCUCUUGAUGAUAUCGCCGAUAAAGAAUCUUCAGCCCACCUGCGUGAUAGACUAAUUCAGGAAGAACGGUAUAGUGUGGCUGUAUAUACUUGUAAAAAAUGCAAGAUUGAUGCUUUUCCUGUCUGGAAUGCAUGGGGUCGUGCCCUUAUUCGUAUGGAACACUAUGCUCAAGCUCGUGUGAAAUACAAGCAAGCCCUGCAGUUAUAUAAAGGUGAUGUUUCUCCUGUUAUUCUUGAAAUCAUUAAUACAGUUGAAGGAGGUCCUCCUGUUGAUGUUUUAUCUGCACGUUCCAUGUACGAGCACUUUGCAAAAAGUGCAUCAACAAUCUUGGAUGAUUCUCUAUCUGCAGAUGCAUACCUUAAUAUUUUAUACAUGCCAUCUACAUUUCCACGUUCUGAGCGAUCCAGGCAAUCUCGAGAUGCCUCAGAAGGUCAUUCCUUAUCAUCGAGCUCUGAAUUUGAAGAUGGCCCUCGCAGCAACCUUGACAAUGUUCGAUAUGCUGAAUGCAUUUACUACUUACAAGAAUAUGCUCGUCCGCAAAUGCUAGCUUUCAUGUUCAGACAUGGUCACUAUGAUGAUGCUUGUUCCCUAUUCUUUUCAUUCCCUCAGUCAUCUUCACAAGGAACAACACCUCCAACGCAACGAGCCGAUCCUUUGGCUACUGAUUAUGGGACCAUUGAUGAUUUGUGUGAUCUAUGUGUCAGUUAUGGGGCUAUGGCUGUUUUAGAGAGCACAAUAUCAUCAAUAGACCAGUCAUCUUUGUCUCAAGAUGCAAUCCAGUACAUAAAUACUGCCCUUGCCCGUAUAUGCAACUAUUGUGAAACACAUCGCCAUUUUAAUUACCUCUACAAGUUUUUGGUUAUCAAGGGAGACCAUGUAGCUGCUGGUCUUUGUUGUCUCCAAUUAUUCAUGAAUUCAAUGUCACAAGAGGAAGCUCUAAAGCAUUUGGGACAUGCCAAGGUGCAUUUUGAAGAAGCCUUAUCAGCACGUGAUAGAGCAGUUGAAGCCACUAAAUUGGUAUCAAAGACAGUUCGUGGAAAGAGUGCCUCAGAAAAGUUGACUAAAGAAAUGAUAGUAAAAUUCUUGGCUCGGGUGUCCUAUCAGGUGGAUAUAGUUAAAUCUCUCAAUAGUGCAGAUGGCCCUCAGUGGAAGACCUCCCUUUUUGGAAAUCCAAGUGACCCUGAGACAUUCAGGAGGAGGUGUGUGGUUGCUGAAACGCUAGCUGAGAAGCAUUUUGACUUGGCUUUCCAGGUGAUAUGUGACUUCAACCUUCCAGCUGUUGAUAUCUAUGCUGGCAUAGCAGCAUCCUUAGCAGAAAGGAAAAAAGGUGGCCAGCUAACAGAGUUUUUGAAGAACAUAAAAGGAACGACAGAACCUGACGACUGGGAUCAGGUCCUCGGUGCCGCAAUCAAUGUUUAUGCUAAUAAACACAAAGAACGACCAGACCGUCUCAUAGACAUGUUAAUCAGCAAUCACAGGAAAGUUUUGGCCUGCGUGGUCUGUGGGCGUUUAAAAAGUGCCUUUCAGAUAGCAUCCCGAAGUGGGAGUGUGGCCGAUGUUCAAUACGUCGCCCAUCAGGCGCUGCACGCAAACGCGUUGCCAGUGCUGGAUAUGUGCAAGCAGUGGUUGGCGCAAUACAUGUAGACUUUGUGAAUCAUGUAAAGAAUAAAGAGGAGGAAAUCCGAGCUAAAUGUAAAGAGUGAACUUCACCGUAUGUUAGUAUACUCAUGAAAAUUUUGCAAUGUAGCGUGUUUGGUGUAUUAAUCCUGUUUGUAAUACAAUAAAAUGGCCGAUUCUUCUACCUUGUGUUGGAACAAUUGUUAGUGUCCCACUGGGUUUUCUUGCAACUGUGGUCCUCGGUGUAUACUUCAUGCUCUUAUCGCUGUAUUUCCAGUUUAUAGAUUUUUUUUUUUAAUUUCA